AUGAUUCAGGAAUUCCAGACUUUUGUCAAGACAAUUCCAGGCGACCACCGCGGUCAAUUUUGCUCGAUCUAUUUUGCUGAGGAAAAUUCCAAAUUUGUGCUCACAAGAGGGCGGGCAAUUAUGGGUGGAAUAAGGGUGGAGGGAGCUAUUCUGGAAGAAAAGCGCGACGAUUUUUUCGGCGAGUGGUUCGCGAACUCUUCUGGGAGCACAGUUUUCACGAACUCAGAAAACGGCCUCGCUAUCCCUGGAUGCAAACUUGUGAUGGUCAACGAGUGGAAAAUUAAUCAGCUCCAUAAAAUGGUGGGGAAGUUCUCAAGCGAAGAGUUUCCGGACUCCUCUUUCCGCAAAGGGUUCGCUUUGUCACUUCAUGAUGAAUUCAAGGAUCAGUUCCAAGCAAAGGCGACCGCUUUCUGA